UCACACUUGUCAGGGCUCUCUGGGGCUGCUGGGUUGUUUCCUUUGCAGCUCGGCUCACCCACCCCACGGCUCCCUUUGCUACCUUUCUCUUCCUCCAUCCCCUCCCUGCUGCUUAGGCUGGCACGGCGCCCUGACAAGCCCUCUUUAAAGCUGGCACUGUCUGGGUUAGGCCUCACCUGGGGAAAUCUGCCCGCUCUUUCCAGCUGGCCAUGGCGACCCAAGCACGGACUGUCCGGCCCCCUCGGUGGGUCUCGGCCCCCCGAUCGAUGGAGAAAGCCCUCCAGGGUUUGGCCAAGUUGCAACAGCUGGUGAGCCAGCCUCGCCUGGGCCUCAGGAACAGCCCUCCGCACCUGCCUUACCUGGUGCCCCAGGCGUACCAGCACCUGCGGCUGAUUCAAGAGCAACACGGGGCCGGUUUGGCCCAAAUCGGGGACGGAGGGUACUUGCCGGUCUUCCUCACCAACCUGCAGGAGAAGAUUAAGCAAACCACCCGGCUCUUCAAGCGGGAGAAAGAGGAGAUCUUCAAAGAGGGAUCCACUGCCAGGAGGAAUCUCACAAAGCUUUCGCUGAUCUUCAGCCACAUGGUGGCCGAGCUCCAAGCCCUGUUUCCCGAAGGGCAGGACCAGGGCAGCAGCUACCAGCUCCACAAACCGGAGGCCCAGUCCUUCUGGAGAGAGACCUGGGGCACCAGAAGUCUGGUCUCCUGGGCCGAAUUUCGGGAAGGGCUUCACAGAGUCCACCCUGUGGAACCCGGCGCAAUGGCCGUGGCUUUGAGGGCCACCAUUGACCUCACCUGCAGCGGACACAUCUCCGUCUUUGAGUUUGAUGUGUUCAGCCGCCUCUUCCAGCCUUGGCCAACGUUGCUGAAGAACUGGACCUACCUCGCAGUAACACACCCCGGGUACAUGGCCUUCCUCACCUAUGACGAAGUCAAAGACCGUCUCCAAGCCUACACCAAGAAGCCUGGAAGCUACAUCUUCCGACUCAGCUGCACUCGGCUGGGCCAGUGGGCCAUUGGUUAUGUGACAGAAAACGGAAACAUCCUGCAGACGAUUCCUCAGAACAAACCUCUCUUCCAAGCAUUGAACGAUGGACACAAGGAAGGCUUCUACCUGUAUCCAGAUGGGAAAAACGCCAACCCAGACCUCACAGAGUUGACCGAGGCCGUGCCACGGAACCGAAUCCGGGUCAGCCAAGAGCAGUUUGAGCUGUACUGCCAGGUGGGCUCCACCUUCCAGCUGUGCAAGAUCUGUGCCGAGAACAACAAGGACGUCCGGAUCCAGCCUUGCGGUCACCUCUUGUGCCGGGGCUGCCUGGACGCCUGGCAGUUCUCUGAAGCACACACAUGCCCCUUCUGCCGCCAUGAAAUUUGGGGCCAUGAGGACAUCAUCGUGGACCCCUUCAGCUACAAAGAGGAGCCCCCCGGGACAGAAGAAGACGGGGAUGAAGGGGACCUGGAAGACGUGGAGUCUGUCUUGCAGGAGCUGGCCACUUUGCAGCAAGAGAAAGAGAUGUCUGGAAAUGCCAUUUCCUCACCCUGCCCAGACCCCGAGUUUGAAAUACCCUCGUUCCCCCCUCGGACGAAUCUUCCACGGCAGAAGAAAGUCCCCAAUCCAGAUUAUCAGAGUGGAUCUUCUGCCCACUGGGUCCGUAAUCGUCCCUUGCCAAGGUUGCCCCAGGAAUGCCCACCUGGCUCAGUCUCGUGGGACGUCCCGGCACCCCCUCCGAUUCAUGAGGGGCACCAGGAACCCCAACAGCUGGGCAGAUGAGAGCCACGGAGACACUCAGGUGAGCUGGGAGGAGGAGGAGGCAUCUUUCCAAUCGAUAGAUUAACCAAUACAAGCUUAUUGGUGAUACAUAGAGAAGACAUGCAUGUUAUGCAUUGAUGCCAGACUGAACCCCAAAUCUGAAUGACGAGAGAUUUUGCAGAGACUUCCUGUACAUCCUUCUAAUGCAGGUGGCAGAAACUGGGCCAGCCUCCAGAUGCAAUGGAAGUGCAACCACCAGCGUGUCUCUCCUACCAAAACUGUGAAACAUGCAACACAUCAUUGCUGGCCUGGAUUGCGCAUGGGUCAGUUCACUUGGACCGAACUGCAAGAUGGUGUACCUGUAGUAAUGGUUCAAGGUUGAACUCUAGUCCUCUUCUCUCCCUUUUCAUACCGACAAGGGGAAAAGAAAGAUCAUUCUCAACCUGUCUCUUCAUCUCACUGUCUCAAACAAUAUAGAUUUCCUUUGCUGAGAAUGACGGAAUCUGGGGAGACAGAGCCAAGUGGAAAGGUUUGGCUACUCCAGGAACCUUUCUGGACAAUGUGGGGUGGAUUUCCCCACAGACGAAAUGCACAGGAAUCACUACCCUGCCUGGACUUGGAUGCUGAUCCAAAUAACCAUUGCAGUCAACAUGAAGCCAUGCAAUGCUCAAGCGCAAUUGCUGGGAAAGAGGUUGAUUCUCGCUCUGAUGGAUGCAAUGCAACCAUUAUGUCCAAUGUCAGUCAUUAUCUUAAUGCCAAGGUCUCCAUGCCAUUGCCACCAAGUGAGACAUAAGCACCUUGCUUCCCUUUCCAGUCUACUUAUGCCUUACAAGAAAUUACACUGUAUUUGUUUUUAAUUUUUGGAACCUACCUUGAGUCCCACUUUUGUGCAAUCGGACUGAUGCGCACUGGUCCUCAUGCACAUUGAUCACUUUGCUGGCUAUGCUAUGUAGUAGCGUAAUAGCAGCCCUUUACUGGAUACGGAUGUUACAGACCUGCCCAAAUUUAACCCCUGAAGAUGUAACUCCCCUUAAAAGAAUUCCCAACAGGAUUUUUAACUGCUUUAUUCUUUGCUUUCCCAGAGACAGCAAGCCAAGGAGUCUGUAUUUUAAAAGCCUUGCCUGCCCAGAUUAGUUUCCCUGCCGUUUCGGCACCCUUAAACACCUGCAACCCCGUUUUAUCAUUAUUGUUUAGAGGGGGUUUAUUAUUUGGAUGGGUGAUGUUCCUCGCUCUGUCCAGCAGGUGGCACUUGGAGCCUGGCGGCCAAAGCUGUGGCUUCAAGUUCACACUUGCGCAAAAACACAUUCAACUUGGGAAAAUCAAAAUAAAACCGGAUUCCCUGUGUAUUAUGGAUGCUGAUGGAUGUAUGGAUCAAGGGGAGGGAUCCGGCUCGUAGUUGCUGAAAAAUUCAUCACUAUUAAAAAUUCAUAAAGAAAA